ACUGCAACUUUCCCUCCAUCUCUUGAUUCAAACAACUUCCAUGUCUUUAACAAUCCCAGCUACUCACACUGUUCCCAUCAUAAAACUCACAAAGAAAACAAAACCAAACCCUAACCUCUCUUUCUUGCUCCUCUGCAACCACCUCCAAGAAGCCACGCAGGUUCAUGCCCUCAUUAUCAAAUCCUGUCAAAUCACUGACACCUACUCUGCCAGCAGACUCGCCGAGUUCUACGCCAUUUCCGAUCAUGGGAGCCUCAAAUAUGCCGAGAAGGUCCUCGAUUCUGUCCAAGAACCCUACACCUUCAUAUGGAACGCUGUCAUUAGAGGAAACCUCAUUAAGCAUAAUCCUCUCAGAACAAUCCUUCUCUAUGACCGGAUGCUUAGGAAAUCCGUCGAGCCUGAUGGCUUCACCUUUACUACUCUCCUCAAAGCUUGUACCCAAUUGUCCGCUCCCGCAAUUGGGAAACAGCUCCAUUCUCAGAUUGUCAAGCUUGGGUUUGAGUACAGCCCCUUCAUCCCGAACAAGCUCAUCCAUCUCUAUGCUGUAUCUGGAUCGAUUACCGAUGCCCGCAAGCUUUUUGACUCGAGUACUGAAUUAGAUAUUGUAACCUGGAAUAGCAUGCUUGAAGGGUAUGCAGAUAACAAAGACGGUGAUGAGCUUCACCAACUGUUCGAUAGAAUGCCUCAUCGAGACGUUGUCUCGUGGAAUACGAUAAUAGCAUUUUAUGUUCAAGUGGCUGACUUCAAGCAGGCGAUCGCAAUAUCCCGACGAAUGCAAGAGAAUGGAGAACGGCCAGACCGAGUGACUCUAAUUAGUCUUUUAUCUGCUGUUGCUCAUUUGGGUGCACUUGCUCAAGGAAGAUGGAUCCAUGCUUACAUUGACAAGCAUGGGAUUGAGCUUGAUGAGAACCUUGGAUCAGCACUCAUUAACAUGUACGCAAAAUGUGGGUGCCUAGAAGGAGCAGUUCAAGCAUUUCGCCAAACAAAUCAGAAGAGCGUGGACACUUGGAAUGCAAUGAUUACAGGCCUGGCAACCAAUGGUCAAAGCCAGAAGGCACUGCAACUGUUUUCUAAGAUGGAGUCUUUGGGAGUUUCACCCAAUGCAAUAACCUUUGCUUCUGUGUUGAAUGCCUGCAGCCAUGGAGGCUUGGUUGAAGAUGGUGUAAGGCUUUUCAAAAGAAUGAGCCAGACGUGUGGAAUUGAACCAGACAUCGGACACUAUGGGUGCAUGGUUGACUUAUUUGGUCGUGCAGGUCUGUUUGAUAAGAUUGAGGAGAUCAUUGGAGCAAUGCCCAUGAAACCUGAUGCAGUCAUGUGGAAGGCUUUAUUAGGUGCUUGUAGAAUCCAUGGUAAUCUAGAAAUGGGGAAGCAAGCUGGGCAUCAACUUAUUGAACUGGCUCCAAAUGACCAUGCAGGUUAUGUGCUGUUAUCAAACCUAUAUGCAAUGGAUGAUAAAUGGGAUGAAGUUCAUCGGGUGAGGAAAAUGAUGUAUGAAAGAGGAAUAAGAAAACCUCCAGGUUGCAGCUCAAUAGAAUUGGAUGGGGUAGCUCAUGAGUUUGUUGUUGGAGAUACCAAUCAUUCUCGAAAGAAAGAAAUCUAUGAAAUGCUUGAUGAAAUGGGAGAAAGACUAAUGCUUGCUGGUUAUAAGCCUGACACAGGACAAGUUUUGUUGGACAUUGAUGAAGAAGAAACGAAGCAGAGUUCACUAGGCCACCAUAGUGAAAAGUUGGCAGUUGCCUUCGGUUUCAUCAGUACAAAACCUGGAACAGCCAUCCGUGUGGUGAAAAAUCUUCGCGUAUGUACUGAUUGUCAUUCUGCAAUGAAGCUUCUCUCCAAGAUUUAUAGCCGUGAUAUAAUUGUUAGGGAUUGUAAUAGGUUCCACCAUUUUAGAGAUGGAUCAUGUACCUGCUUGGAUUACUGGUAAAUUUGAAAUUUCUAUUAUCUGAGAA